GUCAUCAUUAUAUGCUGCUUCUUGUGCCGAUGCAGAGUGAAGAGGAAGCUGCCGACAACAUGCACUGAAGUGGAGGAAGCUGCAGCUCGGUCGGAUCUCUGAGAUGUGCUCCACCUCGGCACUGCCACAUUAACCAGAGCCGGUGGGAGUCGGUGUGACGGGGUGACAAGCGGAGCGGCUCGGUCUGGAUGUGAGGAGAACACCGCCGACAGGAAGAGAUGCGAAGAGUUCGGAGAAGAGGAGGGAACAAAGAGAAGGUGUUUGGAUGUGAUCUGCUCGAGCACCUGAACGCCUCCUCUCAGGAGAUUCCUCAGGUCUUACGGUUCUGCAGUGAGUUCGUGGAGCAUCAUGGCGUCGUGGACGGAAUCUACAGGUUGUCUGGAGUGUCGUCCAACAUCCAGAAACUCAGGGGGGAGUUUGAGAGUGACGGGAACCCAGACCUGAACAAGGAUGUGUAUCUGCAGGACAUCCACUGCAUCAGCUCUCUGUGCAAAGCUUAUUUCAGGGAGCUGCCGAACCCUCUGCUCACGUACCAGCUGUACGACAAGUUCGCUGAGGCGGUUGCCAUCCAGUUGGAGGAGGACAGGCUGGUGAAGAUAGGAGAUGUGCUGAAGGAACUUCCACCACAACAUUACAGGACUCUGGAGUUCCUGAUGCGUCACCUCGUCAAGAUGGCUUCAUAUUCCUCAGAGACCAACAUGCACUCCAGGAACCUCGCCAUCGUCUGGGCCCCCAAUCUGCUCAGGUCAAAGGACAUCGAGUCGACCGGGUUUAACGGCACGGCAGCCUUCAUGGAGGUCAGGGUUCAGUCCAUCGUGGUGGAGUUCAUCCUCAAUCAUGUCCCUCAGCUGUUUCCUGAAGAAGGUGAAUCGGAUGAGAGAAGGAAGUCUCUCCCGUCUCCAUCAACAGCGUCCAAUCCGGAUGAAAUGUUUCUGAAGUCUGUUCCCACUCGGCUUGUCCACAGCUAUGGGAACAUCAGCCCAGGAGACGGCCCACAACCCAUGAGACCCUACCAUGCGAUAAUAGAGGGAACAGACAAGAGGAAAGGAUCUCUGAAGGGCAGGAAGUGGAUGUCCAUCUUCAACAUCGGAGGACGAUUCCAAGACACACGGAGACGAAACAAACACUCAGCUAAAGAGAAAGACAGACCUGCUAUGAGACCAGCAAGAAGCAUGGACUCCCUCAGUAUCCAGUCUUAUGCAAAUGAAGGCUCCAAACAUUCUCCCCAGACCCCUCCCUCCAGCAACCUGUCUCCCCUCGUCACCUCCUCCCCACAGCCGGGCUCAGAGGCCGCUGCGCCUCCUGGUGGAAUGGGGGGGAGUGAAUACGCUGUGACGUACCGCAGAGGAACCGGGUGCGUGAGCGGGGGGACCCAGGGCACCUACACUGCUCUGGACCCUGAGGGCUUAGGGGUCAUUGGCAGUGAGGGUCUCCAGUCCAGAUCCCCGGGUCUCUCGGCCAAAGCAGGACGAAGAGCGGCCAUGCACAUCACAGGGCCCACCAUGGUGACUGUGCCACUACACAUCACCUCCAACCUGGCGUUGGGGGUGCUGCAAGGGCGCGGGAGCGACCGGGUCAUCCAUCGUGGCCGGGAUAAGGAUGGAGGGGACAAGGUGGAAGGAAAGGAGGGAGAAGGAAAAGGGGAGAGGAAGAAAAUCAAGAGGACGGAUAUGAAGGUGGAGGGAGUCAGGAAGGUUAGAAAGGAGGAGACAGACGGGGGAGGAGUUGUUGACGUGGAGGUGAAAACAGUGGUGGCAGGUGGGGUUGGCCAGGAGGAGGGUGAGGGAGCAAAGGCGGAGAAGGAGGAAGAGGAGAGAAAAAGAUGUAGACGGGAGUCGGAGCUGGUGCUGGUAGGUCGAAGUGUUUCCAGAGAGCAAGUCAACUCCAACACAGAUGAUGAAGAAGCAACGAGAAACGAGCAACAAGACGACAGGAGCAGUGACUACGUGGAUAUGAAAGGCAUGGAACUGGCUGAUCCUCCUCCAGGGGUGACCGAGCCGGAUUAUGUUACUUUGCUCGAAGCGUCCGACAUCCUGAACUCGACCGAGGCGGAGGCAGACGACCAGGAGCUGUCUGGCUACGUUCAGGAUAACUUUGAGUUCCUGGACCACAUGGACAUGGACCACAUGGACAGCAGCAACUCAUAUCAGGUGCACGAGUUCUCCGUCGAGCCUCCUUGUGACUCAGACGACGAGUAUGAGGUCAUGGUUCAAGCUCCGCCUCCCCCGGAUCCUGCAGUGCAACAUGUGCACCUGCAGCCGGGUCCUGAAACACGCACCCGGAGUCAAACCGAGUUCAAACCUCACAGGCCGCUGAGCCUCGACCUGCACCUGCGACACACUAAAUCCCUCAGCCUGCCUUACAUGACCUCACCUAUCGACGGGCCGGACGAGUCCUGCUCUGAAGAGGAGGAGGAGGAGGAGGAGGGAGACAUCAGUGAUGAGGAGGAUUACAGCAGUGAGGAGGGAAGCAUGUUCGCUAAAAGCCUCCCUGCUGAUUUCCUUUUAAGCAAUCUGAGCAGGUUUGGACUGGAUACUGAUAACCUCAGUGAACUUCCUGUUGACCAAUCGCAAAGCUCUGAGGAUUCUGAGGCGUCGCACCCUAAAGAACUGACCCCCGGGGACCAGGAGCAAGAAGAGGUAAUGGAUGAAGAGGAGGGAGAAGGAAAACAGAUAGUGAAGAGCGAAGAGGAAGAGGAAGAUCAUCAACAAGAAGAGCAACCAGAAAAACAAAGUUUGGCAGCAGAAGAAGAUCCCGACAUCCCGGAGGACGUUCAAAGUGACAAAGAAAAGCUGCGUGAUUCCGAACCCUCGACAUCCAGCUGUGAGAAGACGGAGAAUCUCAUCACUAUCAAGGCUGAGGAGGAGGAGAAGGAGGAGGAAGAGGAAGAAGAGGAGGAAGAGGAUGAUAAUCUUCCCACUGAUUAUCCACCUUGUCACACAGAUUCCUGUUCCACGCAGGAGACGGGUGAUGGUCAGCUAGAGGAGACUGGAGGACAUCCUGGAACCUGUGAUGAAGAGGAGAAAAAAGAAAAACACAUUGACGAGGCGGAGAACAGGAGGGUAGAAGAAGAGACAGAGACGACAUGUCAAGAAAUGGGUCUGGAGAAAAAACAAGAGGAUCAGAACCUGUUGGAAAACCCUAGUGAAGAGGAUGAAGAGGGAACAGCUGGCGACGAAGAAGAGAAACAGGAAGGUGGCAGAGAGGAGGAUAGUGUUAGUUGUAGCAGAGAAGUUUGGGAGGAAAUUGAGGAUGUCGUAUGUGAGGUGAUCGAGGAAAGUGAGAAGGUCCAGAGGGAGGGAGAGAGAGCUAGAAAGCAGGAGGAGGAGAAAGAGGAGAAAGAGGAGAAAGAGGAGCAGGAGGAGCAGGAGGAGCAGGAGGAGCAGAAUGUGAAGGGAUCAGGAGAAAAAAGAGAAGAAGAGGAGGAAGGAGGGACAAACAAGACAGAAGAUCGAAUAGAGGUCGAGAAGCUCACAGAGAUGCACCGAGAGUCUGAGGAGAAAGAGACGAGUAAACUUCAGGUGAAGACGACCGCCAUCGAAGAGGCUCAGCAUCACGACAGAGAAGAUGAGGCCACAAGAGAGAAAGAAAACAGGACAAACGAUGAAGAGGCCGCUGAUGAGCAACGCAGAACAACGGCAAACGCCAGGUCUGAUGUCAAAACACUCAAGUGUGAGGAGAGUGACAGGAAGCUGGUUAUCUCCCAACACCCAAAGGUUUACCAGGCGAGAGCUGUGCCGGUGGUGCCCCCAAAGCCUCAGCACUGCAGAUUCACCGCCAUGACCCUCCGGCAGCAGCAGCAGAAUCAGCAGCCGCAGCCGCACCAGCAUCAGCAUCAGCAGCCGCAUCCGCAGCAGAGAGAGCGGAGAGGCGCAGACGGAGGAGGAGAGAACUCACCGAGAGUCCAGCCGGAGCAGGAGAGGGUCAGUGCGGGGGAGCAGGGGAAGGACGGAGUGAGGAGGGAGACGGAGAUGAGGAAGGACGGGGAGGACACCAGCAGAAACAGUCCCGUCAGCAUGUGUUUCGAUGAGGCCGUUGCCAUAGCAACCAUGAGGCGAGGGAAGGAGAGGGGCAGCGAGAAGGAGAGGUCGAGGGACCGGGGGGGCGAAGUGCUCUGAGCCAGUAUCGAAAUUUAAAACAGAUUUUUACGGGUUUUCUGUUGUUUUUUUUUGCAUACGACAUAGAAGUUUGUCUCGUUCUUUUACUAAAUUCUGUUUAUUUCAGUACAAAUUACAACAACAGUAUUGACUGUCGGAUGACGUUUGAGUUGUGUUUCUGACACAAACUAACUUUGAAAACUUGUAGGUGUUUUAAAUAUUGGGGAAAGAGAUGGGGGGGGGGCAACAUGCAUCAAAGGUCCUGGACUGGACUUAACUUGGAGCUUAUGCAAUUAUAUGGUCGUUGUCUUAAGGCACAAGGUUUAGAAUACAACUGCAGGUACCUGAUAUUACGUUAAUUAAAAUAUAAAAAUAUCAGCAAACACGUGAGUGAGACGAGAUUAAAAAACCAUAACAUGUUAGAUAUGAAAUAUUCUACAAACCAUCUGGAUAAAUUGUUAUUUUUUUUUUAUAUUUAAAUCCCAAACUUUCAUAGAGUCUUUGGAAAACAGAACAUCGCACCAUUGGAUAACGCAAAUUAGAUCAGAAGCAAAUAUGUGAAACUCGAAUCUAACUCUUGUUAGCACUAGUUAUCUAAUUAUACAAUACUUUGUAUUUAUAUAAAGUAUAUGUAUAUAUACAGUAUAUCUAUAUUUAUGUAUACUGUAUUUGUAUAAAGAAAAUGCCAGAAAGUUAAAUGGUAAAUUUGAAAGAGUGGUGAUAAUGGAUGGAAUGUAUCAUUUAAGAUAAAUAUGAUGACUGAAGAAAUGUGU